GAAAGAAGAAAUAAUAGCCACUUGUGGUAAAACGAUACUCUCGACUGGGAGUUACUCCGUCCGUCGAUAAGCCGUUUCCCUACGAUUAUUUUGCUUUGUUGUAAAAUUGUCUUUCAGAAUUGGCAAAUGUUACCGGAAGCGUAUUACGUGACGUUUGGAACUUUUUUCCUGAUUUUGCUGGUUUCGAUCAGGUAUAAAAACUUCUGGCGGGAAAUAAUCGACUGGAAGAGAAUUAAAGCCUACGGGUACAGUUGGGUUUUAUAUUUUCACAUCCUAAAAACCAUUAGAGACGUUCCGUUCGUCAUGCCCGGCAUUAUUCAUCGUUUCAAAAGCAGGGGAUUUAUCUACGGAAACGUUUUUUCCCGAAAGUUCGUAUUGCUGUAUCACCCCCGACCUUUGGAAAAUCUGCUGAGCGAUUCGGAAAAUAUCGACCGACCUUUGGUGCAGAAGUUGGUUCGUGGAAUAGGAGAAAAUUCCUUAAUGUUUAGGAACGGCGUGGGAUGGAAAAUGAGAAAAGGCGCCCUGUCCAGGACCUUUCAUCAGUCGAUUUUAGAAAAAUGCAUCCCUCAGAUCGAGCGACAUUCGAAAAUUUUGGCGGAGAAAUUGAAUGCGGCCGACUGCCAGUGGAUCUCCUUUAACCGGAUCAUCGACACUUUUUCUCUUAAAUUACUUUCUGAUAAAGGAGAAGACGACGACUUUAGACGAAAUAAUUCUUUCCAAUUUUAUUUUAUCGGACGACCUUAAAGAAUUAAAUUGGAAAUUAUUUCAGAAGCCAUUUACGGCGUUUUCAACGCGUCUUGGGAAAAGAAUUACUACGCCGUGGAUCGACUUAUAAACAGUAUAAAAACUUCUAUAUUUUACGGAUUUGUGAAAAUGACGUUGUUGUCGGACGUAAUAUCUUCCCUAACGGCCAAAGGACGAUCGUUUUCCAGAGACAAAUCGCUGGCCAAAAGAAUUACCAAAGAGGCCGUUAACGAAAGAAUUCGACAAAUAAAAGAAGACGGACGCCACUAUUUGAAACUGGGAAUUACCCUGCCCAUUAUCGAUCACCUAUGGGAGGCUUCCGCCAAUAAUCCCGACAUUACCGUCGACGGUAUCGUGGACGAGAUCAUGACGUUUUUGGCUGCGGGUUCUCAUUCUCUGGCCUCGGCGGUUUGCUGGAGUGUGUACGAAAUUGGGAGACAUCCAGACAUACAGAAAAGAAUUCACCGGGAAUUGGAUGCGGUAUUCGAAAAUACAGAAAGAAGAAUAAAUAAAAACGAUUUACAAAGCCUGACUUAUUUAGAAUGCGUCAUUAACGAAGUCCUGAGGUUGUAUCCGUCGGUACCUUUUACCAUUAGAGGGUCGCACGAAAAUCUACAAUUGGGUAAAGAAAUCUUUUCCGAGGACACGGUUUACCUCGUCAGCAUCUUUCACCUGCACCGAAACCCGGAAGUUUUUCCCCGUCCUCGUACCUUCGAUCCGGACAGGUUUCUUCCCGAAAAUUAUAAAUGCCGAAGUCGCUAUUCGUUUCUUCCUUUUCUAGCAGGAGUCAGACAUUGUAUCGCAAAUCGUUACUCGAUGAUGGAGGUGAAAACCUUUCUCGCUACUCUUCUUAGAAACUGCACCGUCGAAACCUUUCCUAAAGAGAUUUUACCAAAAAUGUUUCACAUUUCGUUAACCACGGCGGAACCCGUCUUGAUCAGAGUCUGUCCAAGAAUAAAGAAACGAUGAAAGCAAAUUUCUCGUAUCUUAAUAAGUUCCGUACGUGAUGGAAGAACGAAUUUAAUAUCAUCCUCAAUUUUUCAUCCGAUGACGAUUUAUAUUCAACGUAUUAUUAAAAUAUUUUUAUUGUCGCAA